AUGGAGAUUGGGAGAAUAUGCACCAGUAUCCGACAAAAGCUUGCUGCAGGGCACAAUCGAUCAAUACAACAUGUUAAAAGAACAGCAAAUUCGGCUGCUCAUCUUAUGACUGAGUGUGAAACACAUUGGAACUCACCUGUUGUGUGGGUUGAUAGACCGCCUAUGAUAUUGAUUGAUCAACUUCGGUUGGACGAUGUACCAACAAUUUCUGAUUAA